CAAUAUGUUGUUUAAUGAAUAUUUAUAUAUUAAUAAACACGAAAAAAUACAAAUUUUGGUAAUAAAAAAUUUAUAAUGAAAUUACCGUUGCUGUUAGGUAGCCAUUACAACGAUAGCCUAACAAAGUACCCCAAAAUGUUUUGUCCAACUUCACAUAACGAGUGAAAACAGCUGAAUAACAGAAUGGGGCGUCGCCAUUACUGUAAAAUGUUGCAACAUCUUUUGACCAAUUCUCAGAUUCGUCGUCUGGAAUUGCCCAUCUUCCGGCUCUGUUUGAGUGCAAGCUUUGACGGUUAUUUAAAAAGUUGUUUUCUUCCGGCACAACCGUUUCAGACGAGGAAGAUUCACCCGACUGUCUGGGUGCUCUCCAUUUCUUAAGAAUCCACGUUGAUGAUUUACUAACUGGUUGAGAGCAGUAUACGUUGUUUUUGUCAGCCAUUAUUGGUUUUAAGACUGUUUCAAGUGCUAUGAGUGGCGUUCUAAGAAAAUUUUUUGUGAUCUUAUUUAACUUCAAAAUAAUUUAUUAAAUAAUUGUUUUUUUAAUAGGUUUCAUCACAACUUUCAAUAAAGGUACUGCCCGAGCCGUUACAACUAACUGGCCGAGCCGUUUCGUGGCACGUGCUUCAAUAAAGUAAAAUUCAAGCCUUUUCCGUUUCUUGCUUAUGCCGUUACAGAAAUCCCGAGCCGUUUGCACUGCAAUGUCAAGCCGUUACAUCUGCAACGCCGUGCCGUUUCCUCUGCUACGGCGAGCCGUUUCAGGUGCAUGGUUUCGCUGUCAGUUUAAGCCGUUUCCGAUUUCAAGACGAGCCGUUUCCGCUGUCAUGUAGUGCCGUUUCCGAUGUCACGUCGAGCCCUUUGACGGCGCGUGUUCCAAUAAACAACUAUUCCCCAUAUCAAACAAAAUUCAAGUCGGGUCAACAAAAGAAGAGUGUCGUUUCCUCCCAUGUGACCAUCACUUUCCCAUUUUCAAACCAAUUAUCCACGUUGGAGCAAAGCAAAGGAGUAGAAGACCGCAACUUUCAACAUCCGAAAGAUCGUUGACUCUUCCGGGACCACUAAUCUGACUUCUUCGACAAUAAUUGUGGCCCCCCCACUAUGGACUUCAACCGACACGAGAACAUGCCGAAUGAUUUCGAGAAUAUUCCAAACGACCAAGAGAUGCAAGAUGCUUUCAUGGACCCCCCUUUGUGCCCGCAAAUAACUAUUAAAGUACGAGAGAAGUGGUUGGUUUUAAAAAAUUUGCGUGAAGUGAUGACUCCGGCGGUUGAAACAGCUAUUAGGCAGACUUGUUUCGGUCCAUUUUUAGAUAAUAGGUGCACCAUAUGCGAUAGCCUUCUUUUAUAUGGCGUUGCACAACUACAAAUACCGACGCCUUUUCCCCGUAUUGGGAUUUCGUAUAAAUUACAAGGGCAGCUAUUUACAUUCACCCCGAAACAGUUUUGUUUAAUAACGGGGCUACGUUUUGGGCACAGUUCCUGGUCACCUAUAGACCAUCCGAACUCAUUUAGGAACAAAUACUUUGGAGCUGGAUCAACUGUUAAUUUUGGCCAAAUAAUGAACAUGUUCGGGAACAUUAGCCAGUUUAAUGAUGCUGACCGCACGAGGAUAUGUCUUCUAAUGCUAAUCGGUCAAGGUUUUUUGGGUUGGCAAAAAACCAAUGCAGUUGAUAAUAUGAUUUUAGACCUUGUGGAUAACUUAGAAGAAUUCAGACAAUAUCCAUGGGAUAAUUAUUUUUGGGAAAGUACUUAUAGUGCUAUAUACAAUUAA